CGAAAUCAUCAGAUGGUGCGGGUGUGUUUUACCAACACAACGAGAUGAUCGUUCAGUGAUCUCUUGAGCGGCUGUAAUGUAACGCUAACAUUCAUGGGAUUAUAAACGAAGAUGAAUGUGGUACCUUCAGGCCUUUGGAAAUUGCUCCCAAAGAUGAACCAGACUUCCAGAGGUCCACAAUUUUUUUUCUGAGGUCUUGGCCGAUUUCUUUUGAUUUUCCCAUGAUGUAAAGUAAAGAGGCAGUGAGUUUGAAGAACUAGGCAUGACGACAGAGUCUGACUCUCCAGAACAGUGAGUGUGAAUAGAGUGACAAGUCAUGGACAGCCAAUGCAGCAGCAGUGUGGGUUCACGGGCCACGGUAGCGGGCGUGGUCUCCAUUAACUCCACCCCCAUUUCUGCCCGUGUCGAGUCCUAUGAAGCAGGAGAGAAAAAGUGCAUCUCUGAUGUCCGAAGGACCUUCUGCCUGUUCGUGACCUUUGACCUUUUGUUCGUCACCUUGCUGUGGAUCAUUGAGCUCAAUGACAGUGAUGGUAUACAACAUCAGCUGGAGAAAGAGGUGUUACACUAUGAUUACCACAAAUCUUUUUUUGACAUAUUUCUAUUGGCAGUGUUCCGCUUUGCAGUAUUGAUUCUGGUGUAUGCAGUGUGCAAGCUGCGCCAUUGGUGGGCCAUUGCAAUUACAACAGCCAUUACCACUGGUUUCUUAAUUGUAAAAGUAAUUGUAUCAAAGCUCCUGUCUCAGGGGGCAUUUGGGUACUUGUUACCCAUCAUCUCCUUCGUCCUGGCAUGGAUAGAGACUUGGCUCCUGGAUUUCAAAGUCCUGCCCCAGGAGGCUGGUGAUGAAAUCAGGCAUAUUUCAGUGCAGAGUGCAGAAGGGAGAGAACCUCUUUUAUACCCAGGACCUGUCUCAGAAGGCCAGUUCUACUCUCCUCCUGAGUCCAUGGCAGACUCUGAUGAAGACUUUGAUGAUAAACAUGAUCUUCAGAAGCCCAUCGUCUAGCAGGAGCUCAGGUUACAACACUGAGUUUCGAACUCAUACAAAAGCCUUGUCCAGCACUGCUCAACAUAAAGCUGUGUUAUCGUGGGUUUGUGUGUGUGGGUGACCAGCACACAGUCACUCUGCCUUACAUCCACUAUUGUCAUGAUCAGCAGUUUGUUACUCUCAGUCUGCCCACACUGGUAAUGCUCUUGGUGCAAUUGUUUUUUUCUUACAUCUUUUUUUGUAUCUUAAUUUUUCUCUACAGAACAAAACUUAUUCUGUUUAUUGUGCAGUAAUGAUUGAAAACGGUGAAAGAAGGAUUUUAAUGUGAACAGUACAGUGUGUAUUAUGAACUUAGAUGAUAUCAGAGCUGAACAUGAGAAACUUUAUGAGACAUGACACUUCUCAUCUCUGUUUAACAACAUGACUGCCAUCUCACAAGUUUGUGCUGUAAGCUCUAGAUGUCUGCAGAACUGUGUAAUAAAGGAAUAGUUCACUCAAGAAUAAGGUUUCUGUCAUCAUUUACUCUCCUUCAUGUUGUUUCAAACCCGACUUUAAUCUGUGGAACUUAAAAGGAGAUGUUAGGUGGAAUGACAGCCUCAGUCACAGUUCACUUUAAUUGUAUGGACAAAAGAUGCCAUGAAAGUGAAUGGUGACUGAGAAUAACAUGGUGCCUAACAUCACCUUUUGUGUUCCACAGAAGAAAGAAAAAGUCAUAUGGGUUUGGAACAACACAAGGGUGAGUAAAUGAUGGCAAAAUGUGUAUUUUUGGGUGAACUAUCCCUUUAAGAACUUUCAUGCCUCUGAUUUAGGACUGUGAAUAGCAGUAUGGUGUCAGGUCUGCACUGCCAAUCAUUAGUGUGUGAAGAUUUAAAGUUUUUCCAGUUUUUCUUUGUUAUCCUCUUUUUGUUUUUAAUACUUUUGCUACCAAUCUGUGUGAACGAUCACAAAUGUGGUAGAGGUGUGUUUAGGAAACUGUAAAAUGAUUUUGUUUACUUGCAAAAUAAAGGACUUGAUUGAUUUUGCAUGAAAUGCUCUUAAAUGAGGAGUUAUAUGAUAUGUAAUGAUGCGAGUAUGUAUUCUGUUUUUAUGUUUUUGGCUCCUCAUCAGUAAGCAUUCUUAAACAUGUAAAUCAUCUUAAGUAAAUUAAAUCUUAAUUCUUUUAAAGGAAUAGUUCUACCAAAAAUUUUAAUUCUGUCAUAAUUUGCUCACACACUUGUUGUUCCAAACCCAUUUGACUUAUUGUGUAACACAAAUGGAGAUGUAGGUAGAAUGUUAGCUUGAGUCACCAUUCAUUUUAUUGUAUGGAAAAAAGAUGGAAGGAAAGAGAAAGAAAGAAAGUAAUACAGGUUUGGAACAACAUGAGUGUGAGUACAUGAUUACAUAGUUUUCAUUUUUGGUUGAAAUUUCCCUUUAAGUAUAUACGUGUGCCAUGCUUACUGAAUAAGGGCUUAUGGACCUGAUGCAGGUCUGGGACCUCCAGUUUUCUUUGUAUAAUUAGAGUUAUGGAGAGUUAUCUCCAUACAGUAUGUACCCAUCACAAAGCUUUGAAAUAUGCAGAAUAAUGUCAGAUUGUAUUCUUUUUUCAUUAUAUAUUAAAACAAUUACUGUUUUUAUUAA